UAAAUAAUCAUACAUUAUCUUUUGGCAUAAUGACUAUAUCCAAAAAAUUUGAAAAUAUUGUUUUAAAUCGACCAACAUACAAAUUAUUAAUGUCAAUUGCAUUUGCUAUAAAAACCGAUCAUGUAUAUGAUGUUUAUGUUCACCACGUGGCUUUUAUGGGUGCAAUAAAUUGGUUUCUGUUGUUUUUUUGUUCGUUCAUCACGUUGAUAAAUUAUAAACACUUAUCGAAUAAUACAAUUUUGGAGUUAAUGGUUUAUGGUACUUUUGGAUUACAACAAUUUAUACUAAUAACAUUAUUAUUGUUAAAAAAAAAAUCAGUCAUAGCAACAUAUACUUCUAUUCAGACAACGUUUGUACGAUGGUCAUUAAAAAUAGAAAAUGAUCCAUAUUAUUCAUAUAAGAAAAAUUUGAAAUUUAUUUCAUAUUCAAUUAUAGUGUUUAUGAUAAAUUGGAGUUUUAUUAUAUUUGGACCACUAGUGUCAGUUUUUUUUGAUAAAAAUAAUUUACCUAUAAAUCAUCAUUCACAUUGGAUAAUGUAUUGGCCUUAUACAAGUUAUGUGAAUAAUUAUUUAGUGUUUUUUAUAAUUUAUCUUCUACAAGCGACGUCCUGUUGUUAUUUUUUAAUAGCUACUGUUGCGUAUAAUGUGUACUUAGUAAUAUUUUUGUCAGAAAUUAGACAUCAAUUUAAGCUACUUGAAAUUGGAUUAGAAACGGCGUUUUUUGAUAGAAAAAGUAUGCUGUUUCAAGAUUCUUUCGUUAAUUGUAUUCGUCAUCAUCAAGAAUUAUUGAAAACGUUUGAUGAAUUCAAAAAUUAUUACAAAUAUGUACUAUUUGGGCAACUUGUGUGUAUACAAUAUGCAACUUCUAUUCUAUUGUACUGUAUACUUAAAGUAGACGCUUCUUUUGGUUUUGCAAUUAAAUGUAUUGGCAUAUUAACGUAUUGGAUAAUUAUAUUUUGCCAUCAAUGUGACUUGGGAGACGAUAUGAUAAAUGUGCAUAGAAUAAUUGCAAACAAAUUAUACAAUGAAGAGUGGUAUAGUAUGCCUAUCCACAAUAAAAAAUUGGUUAUUAUUAUGUUCUUAAGAACACAAAGAGAACUGGAACUUAAUUCAGCUGUAAUAUCGCAAGCAGUAGCCUCAAAAGCUAUACUGCUAAAAAUGUUAAAUACUAUUUAUAAGUUUUUCAAUGUGCUUUUAAAAGCUUAAUGUGUUCUGUCUAUAAUUUUGUAUGAUAUACAAU